AAAUUCCUGCAACGAUUGGCAGUAACUUUUUUUUUAUUUAUUUAAUAAUCUGGGUGAUUCUUUAACACGACAUCCCGAGGGCUUGUUUGUCUUCCUUCGCACAUUUCUUCACUUCACGGUUGCAUACUCAAGGUCGCAACAGCACGGAAUGCUGCACUUUCGCUGGGGGAGGGAGAGGAACUGUGCACUUUGCAUCCUGACACGUGCUCUAUCUCGGAUGAGUACAUGACUGACAAGAACAAUGCGAUUAAAGCUGUUUUGAAUCUGAUGUGGAGGGGCGGAGAGGGGAUGAGCUGCAUGGGAGGUUGACCUAGGUCACUGGGACUUGGAUUGUCCCAAUUUCUUGCCAACUUCCGAGGUUUUCCUGGGAGAGCACACAGACGAGGGAGAAGGUUCAAUACAAUUGGAGGAGUAGGAAUUUGGAUGUGAGAAUAUGGAUGAUUGUUUCCAGAUUAAUUGCAGCGUUACGAUGUGCAACGUUAGAAUCCAGAGUUUUUUUUAGCACCAAAAAUGCACUUCGCCACUCCCAAAUAUUUCUCUACGGACUACAGGUGCCAGAUCUGCACUGUGUGACGCACGAAGUUAUCCUUGAACUUCAAAACGUGAUAAUUCACAGCCGCCUCGGGAGGCCAUGCAUCCUCCGCAGCUUUACGUAGUCCACUUUGAUGCAAGCAUCUAGACACUAUUAUUCAUACUCGAACGAUAUUUUAUAUGCACAUGCCGAUGGCUUUGAAUUUAUUUGCGAUAACGAGACGCGAAAGUGUCGAUCGUCGAUUAUGAACUUCUCGUUUUCCAGUUUUGUUUCCUUUCAAACUGAGAGAGUCACCCUUUUUGUGUAGGCAUUUUUAUUUAGAUUAUGAUGAAGAUUAUGGGUUUGGUUGAUGGAUUUUACCCUUCCAGAGCAGGAAAAAUAAUCGCAGCUUCGGUAGAAUAAAAAGUACAGAACCAACGAUUGAUAGAACGUAUUGUACCGACAGCAUAAAAUUUGCUAAUCAGAACUUGAAUUUUUAUGGAAAUUUAAAUAAAAAGUACAAAGAUAUAUUCCCGUCAGGGCAAUAUUUCUCGAAAAGAAAAUAAAAUGAGACACUUAGACAUAAAAAAUUUCUUAAAAUACCCUUUACCACUUCAACUAAAGAGUAAUUUGUACGAAAAAUAAAAUUAGAUGUUUAUCUAUAAAACAUUUACGGAAAUACAAGUUUCCGACACAGGGAUAAUUUUUACCAGAAAUUUCUCUACGUGCAGGCUAUGGACUUGACCAUUGUGCACACUAGUUUUCUGGAAUUUAUCGGGUCAGUGAUGUUGCGCGUGGGAGGCCUUACUGUUGACCCAGUUCGCGAGUUUCAUCCCCGUAAAUAUCAGCUUUCAUUCUGCUACGACCUUGAACUUGUUGACUUUUUUUUAGCGACCGAUAACAGUGGAAUUGUGGAGAGCAAAUACUAUUGUGUUACGAGUGGUUAUCGACGUGCUUGAUCAGACUAGAAAAUUUCGACAUCUUUCGAGUGGCUCGAUGAAGAAUUCUCCAAUAACCGAGGACGGAGAUUUUCCACAUAAUUAUGAUUGAAAUAUUUAUCUCUUUUCGACUUGAAAAUUGGAGUUUGGAUAUUCCGAACUUCUUAGGCAACUUUUAUCGAACUUUUCUCUGUCUGCAUUAUCUUUCCCCCACGUUCCCUAUGAAAUUAUUAAAUUGAACAAUUUCUCGAAUAAUUCUCGUGAUAUUGAGUCGUGUCCCCCCGACAUUGCCACAAGGUCUCAAUCAUAUCUCUCCCGGGUCUGAAAACCGCUGUCCGAUACCCUCAGCAUUGCAAACAUGAAUUUGUGUGAGUUGCACUUUAAUCACUGAGACGUGACAGUUCUAACUAUGCACUGGUGGAGCACGUGUUACCCAGUCGCGCUUUGCCAAGUCAAGUUUUUAUUUUGUACAUCGCUGGAUAAUUGCUGGCCGAGUGAAGUGAUGCAAAAUUAUUAAUUCCUCGGUGAAGCGUGGGCGACACCUCGCAAUGGAUCGCGUGAUAUUUAUGCGCGUGGAAGAAUAAUGGUGACAACUGGAGUUGGUGCGGGGGGGUCGGAAGCAGAGAAUUUCCCACAUUUUCCGUCCGUUGAGGAUUAAAAGACUCCCCGGAAGAUGCUCAAGUUCCAGGUGACUACCAAGGAAGACCUCAAGACCGCGGCGUGCAUUGAGAGGAAAAAGCAGAUCGAAGAAGCCAGAAAAUCGAGGAUUUUCAAUCCACGUGUGAGACGCAUUGGGAUAGAUAAAGAGUUCCUGGACAAGCAGAUCGUGGAGAAGGAACAGCUGCGUCAGCGGGAGCGAGAAAAAGAGUACCAGCUGGAUGAGACACUAGUGCGCAACAGCCAACUCGCGAUUAUACUCGAGCAAAGAGAGGAAGAGGAACGAAGAAAGUUGAAUAAGGAGAUUAAUGACUAUCGGCAAGUGUUUCAACGUGCGCAAGAUCGACGGGAAUUCGAUCUCUAUGAUCCGGAUCAAUUGAGAAAAUCAUUGCCAGCCAGAGUGGAUGACGAUGAUGCGAGGAUUGGAUUGGCAUCAGCGCAAAAAUUCGAGGGUGAGGAUCCGCACCAGGCGGAUCGUCUGAAGCUCCAGAAAGAGCAAAUGCAAGCCUGGCUGAUGCAGCAAGUUCACGAACGACGAGCCAUCGAAAGUGAGCGCAGAAACACGGACGAAGCUCACGAGAAUCUCAUCCUCUCCCGAGACAAACGAGCCAGCAUGCUGGAGCGGAUGGAGCUGGAGUGCCGAAGGCAUCUCCAGGAGGCGAACGCUCAAUUCAAUCGCAAACUAGCAGAGGAGCAGGAGUGGCGGAAACGCACCGAGAAUUUCAAGGACGAGGAGGACAAACGCGCUGAGAUAUACAAUCACGUGACCGGUGACUUCCUGACGGAAGCGAAGGAACAGGCGGAGAGCAGCCGUGGUCCCCAUCGAGUUCUCGCUGAGAGAUACAAGGGCAUGACCUUGCACGAGCUCGAGGCCAUACGGAGUGAGCAGUCGCGACAGAUGGAGGAAAUUCAGAGGCUGAAAUUAGAGGAGAGGCGCAGGAACGAAGAGUGGGACAGACUAAUGGAGGGCAAUGCCCGAGCUGGUGAGCUUUACCAACGAGAGAUGGAUAAAAAGAGACUGCAAAUCAACAAACAAAUUGCGGAGGAAAAUCUGAGACUGGCGCAGCAGCAGAGAUUGCAUCAGGAGCAUUUGAAUCGCAGGGUCUAUAAGAAGGAUCAUAUGCCAGAGUUUUUCCAGCAGUUCAACACUACCACACGUUGAAACACAACUGUCAUUUGCGCAUUGAUUACUUGGCAGAUAAAUAUUUCGUCUGACAAACUGAAUUUAUGGGAUGAUUUUAUUGCAAUCAUUUACCACCCAUUGGCACAUUACCUCGGGUCGAAUGGGGAAAUCCCCGACCUCCAGAGGCGGAUAUAUUCAGCCGAGAAAUAUUGAUGUCAAACAAAUCGAUAUAAAAUAGUAUUGAGACUUCAUUCAGCAUACAAAAAAUAUCGACCUGGGAAAUAUUGAUUAAAAAUUGCUUAUCGGAUUAUACUAGAGCGAUAUUCCGUGUAUGGAUAUCAUAUCGAACCUUCUUACGAUAAGUCGUUAACUUCUCCUUGAUUAGUUUCUUUCAUUAGUGUGAGUGAGUUUGAAGCGCAAACGUACAGCUUGUAAUUGAAAAAUGAUCUCUAAGCACUUGGUUUUUAGAUUUAUUUGAAAUGAUAUCUAUCAUCAAACUGACCUGAUCAUUCCCGAUGCCACUUCAAUAAAAUCUUCAUCUAAACUGCAGCGGAUAACCAAUCCAUGUUUAAAAAUUGGCGCCAAGUGUAGUACUCUCUCGUAGUAACGUAGUAAAGGCG